CCAGGGGCUGUAAAAGGAACGAUGAUACACGUUCUGAUCUCAUUACAACAAGCAAACCGCUCACAGUAGACAGCGAUGGCAGAGUGGAAGGACAAAUGUGACAACGAGUUCCACUUGCAGGCAGGUGGGAUUUCGAUGCCCGAUGGUGUUGACUGGAAGAAUGUCUAUGAAAAGAAACCUAUCGGAAGAAAUUUACUGAAGAACCCCGCACCUCACGGCGUGACUCACCAGGAACCCCCACCAGAGCCCGAGCUGUCAGAGGUCCCGCCAGACUACAGCAACUCACCUCCACCCACCGAGCCCAAAGGUGAUUAUUCGGGAUGGGUAAAAACAGUUGGGAAUCUGGCGUAUGAAGACGUUAACGCACCUCCAGGAGCUGUGGUGUGCUAUGUUCCUGGAUUCAGCUGGCUGACUCUGGAGCAGAAGGUGGACCUCGUGGCAGAGGGGCUGUGGCCACAGCUGCUGGAUGACUUCCAGCCAGCCAUCGCAGUGGAGGACUGGUAUGAGGAGAGCCAACUGCAUCAGUCCAUCUACCAGCUUCAGGUGAGGCUGCUGGGCAGCGAUGGCCAGACCGUCAUCAAGGAGUUCACCAGCAACCCUGUAGAGGACCUGGAGAACUACUCCCACACCUGGAAAAAGGUGUCUCACGUCUUCUCAGGCUAUGGCCCUGGAGUCAGAUACAUCCACUUUCUGCAUCGAAUGAAGAACAGCUUCAUGGUGGAGUUCCACUCCACUCUCGUCACGGGGAGCUCUGUCGUGGUGAAGGCAUCGAAAUGAACACCUCUCUACUCCUCAAGAGCUUGCCUCUCUCCUGUCCUCCUCAAGAACUUGCCUCUCUCCUCUCCUCCUCAAGAGCUUGCCUUUCUCCUCAUCAAGAACUUGCCUCUCUCCUCUCCUCCACUUCGGCCUAGCGAGUAUUCGCUGAUUAAUUUUUCAUGCGUGCUAAGAUGUAAAUCUAGUUCUCACAAACUUGCCUCUCUCCUCUCCUCCCCAAGAACUUACCUCUCUUCUCUCCUCCUCAAGAGCUUGCCUCUCUCCCUCCCUUCGUUUGUCCAUCCAGUCCCGCUGCGGCAUUCUCCCUAAUUCUACCUGUUUAGUUCCUGCAUUCCUAUCGCCCUUGGUUGUUGUUGCACUGAUGUUGGAGCAGGUGUGUUCCAUCUACCUAUAGGCCCAGUCAUACUCUUAUGUUUGUCAUUAUUUCUUUCCUGUCUUUUAUACAUGGCAUACUUUUUCCAUGGUCGCUUUCAUUAUCAGAAGCAAUUCAGUCAAAUGGUUUAAACGUAUGAAAAACACAAGUAUAGUAUCCAUACCAACUACUGUAUAGGACCCAUAUCCCUAGGGUCUUUUUGCCUUGCACUGGAGCUUGUUUACAUGAGUUUGAACUGUAACAUGCUAAUUAAAGGCAGAGUUUGCCAUUUUUUAAAGUUAUAUUUCCAUUUCCAGUUUGUGCCUAUUUACAAAUGUGAUCUUUCCCGUGAAUAUUUAGUAAAUAAACCAAAAUUCUGUUCUGACCAGAGUACGUUUCACAGUCAAAGAUGUCCAUGACUGAGGAUCCACCUAUUCAUGUAUAAAAAGGACAUUAGUGAAUGGGCAUCAUAUAAUCUGUCGAGAUAAUGAAAAAGGAGGCGCACACAAGGCUUGUGUGAAAAAGUAUAUUGUAGCCGAAAUUUUACAACAGAAGUCUGAGGUUAACUGGAGAAAAAGAUGUUUCGGACCUAGUCCAUUCUCAAUGUCAUCCUGUCUGAACAUUAGGAGUCUUUCAUCUUGUUGUUUGGCAAUAUUGCUUAAAAAGCUGCUCCUUGUAUCAUAUUUAACACACUCCAAAUGAGGCUUAAGAAAACUGUUCCAAAAAGUGCCUUUUACUGCAAGUCAUGUGGCUUGGACCAGACCAUACUCCAUGUUUCUAUUAUGUCAAACAGUGGGGGAAAUCCCCAGAUAUCCAACCAAAGAAUAAUCAAAUAAAUGCACUUGUAUAUUAAAGUUUUUUUUUCUUCUUUGACUGGAUUUAUUGAUUAGCAUUUAAACACAGCAUAAUGGCAACUCUGCAGUGCAGUGUAAUUGAGCAGCUGCCAGGCCUGCAGUUUUUGAAGGGUGAAUUGUAGUGUUACACACUGUUACACUGUAACUGUCACACAAUUACUCCAAAUGUGGGGAACAACGCCAUUUUAAAAACCAACUGAUCUCACACAAAAAGGGUACAAAGAAAAUCAGAAAAUUAAAGUUUAUUUAGAGUACAAAAAAAGGUCAACGCAUACUGCACACAAAACCUAGUGAAGAAUCCGCUCAACACACCAAGAUCUAUUUCUUUAUUGGCCUCCUCUUACACAUCAUUCAGGGUUUCUUUAAUUACAAACGUAACAUCCCACUCACUGCAUUUAGAAACAUCACACCCAGGGGCGCUGCCAGGGGGUGGGGGUGGGUGGGGGAUAGGUUGAUUGGACGGGCCCUGUGUUCUGAUAAGGCCUACAUGUGCAAAGUAUCCCACAUAUUGUAUACAGUAGGCCAGUAGUCUCCAAUUAUUUUCCAAGUUCAGAGGAGUAGAUGUGUGCACAUCCCACCCGAUGGGCCAGGUGCAGGACAAUGAGAGUAAAUCCAAGUGAAAAAGAAGUCCGCGA